UCUCUCUCUCUAGUCUCUCUCUCUAGAGUUUCUCUCUCUUGUAUCUUUUUGAGUUUCUAGGCAAUGUGCAGCUGGUUCACACAUACGUGUUUUAUUCCCAUUUACAACCUACCCCAUUUGGGUAUAAAUAGGGCUCUGUCCCAGUUUACACUUGUCUUCAUUACAAGCUUCCUUUCAUUUUUAUUACACACUUAAUUUUCACUCAAUUUCAUAUCUUCUGUUGCAAAUACACAAAUGAGCUAUUCAAAUCCGUCAAUGGGCUCUGGGAGCAGAGCAGGUAGAAGAAUUGAAUUUGGGAGAACUUAUGUGGUUAAGCCCAAAGGUAAACACCAAGCUACAAUAGUUUGGCUGCAUGGCCUUGGUGACAAUGGCUCCAGCUGGUCACAACUCUUGGAAAAUCUCCCACUUUCGAACAUAAAAUGGAUAUGCCCUACUGCUCCUACUCGUCCCGUGGCAAUACUCGGUGGUUUUCCUUGCGCUGCUUGGUUCGAUGUGGGAGAGCUUACCGAAGAUUGUCCGGAUGAUAUCGAAGGCUUAGACGCCUCGUCAGCACACAUUGCUAAUUUGUUGUCAACUGAGCCAAACGACAUUAAACUCGGUAUCGGAGGGUUCAGUAUGGGUGCGGCAACUGCACUUUAUUCGGCAACGUGCUUUGCUCAGGGUAGAUAUGGAAAUGGCUAUCCUUACACUGUUAAUCUCAGGGCCAUUGUUGGUCUAAGUGGCUGGCUUCCCGGUGCCAGAACUGUGAGGAACAAAAUCGAAGGAUCACACGAGGCCACAAGGCGUGCUGCAUCCCUACCGAUUUUGCUGUCGCAUGGACUUUGCGACGAAGUGGUUCCACACAAACACGGAGAGAAGUCGUACCAUGUCUUGAGCCAAGCUGGUUUCCGAAACCUCUCGUUUAAAACCUACGAAGGGAUCGGGCAUUAUACGGUGCCGAAGGAGAUGGAUGAGGUGUGCAAUUGGUUAAACACAAGGAUGGGGUUUUAGAGUUGUGUGAUGGCAAAAGGGUAAUAUUAAAAAGGAGUUUGGAGCAAUAAUAAUAAAUAAUAAAUAAUAAAUAAUAAAACAAGGGUGGGAGAGUAUACUUAUAAAUUUUUAGUUGCAAGAAAGUGGAUUGAAGAGUAAUAAAAGUUAAUAUUUGGUUACAGUUUUGAGUUCACAUUAAAAAUAAAUUUUUGUUUGUUUGUUUGUAAUUUUUAUUUACAAUUUAUUUACUUUCACCUGUGAAAGAGGAAAAUGCUGUGUAAGAUUCAUGUGAGUAUUAUGGGUUUGAUGAUAAUAGUAUUCUUGUUUUUGUUGCAAGUGUUAAUA